AUGUAAACUUCAAUCGACUUGCCUUCCCCUUUAGGAGUAGUCUAAACUUCUUCUAUAACAAGCACAGGUAAAAUAUUAAGUUCUGAUUAACAAAACAAUUUAAAAGAUGCAGUGAAAAGAAGUGAGGAGGAUAAAUUAUUUCGAAAAUAAAAUUAGUUGAAUGAUAUGGAGGAAUUUGAAGCAAUGGAAGUUUAAAAUGGCGAUAAAACAUCUCUAAUAUAUUACUACAAGGCCUUAAAAUUGGAUGAAGAAAUACAGCAAAACGAAGAAUAGAUUAAUAAUAUUGUUCAGAUUAGAUAAAAACUAGGAAUGAUUGAAGGAUUCUUAAUGAAAAAAAGUCCUCAUUGGUUUUAAGGUUAUUCAUAAAGAAACUGUAUAUUAAGAAAUAGAGUGUUUAGAUAUUAUGACGCAGAAAAUAAGAAAGUUUAAGGAGUUUUAAAUUUCGAUGUUUAGUCGUUCUAAUUAUAAGAGUUAUAGGAUAAAAAUGGAAAUACAGUAGAAUUUAUGUAUAAAUAUCUCUAUGCGUCUAGUUUAAAGCCUUUGGGUUAAACUCAAAAAGUAUUUCAGUUCAAAGGGGGUACAGUAGAUCAAACUAAAACAUGGGUUUAACUUAUAAAAUUGCAUCUUUAAGAUUCAAUUGGAACACUGAAAGUUUUGAAUUCACUUUGCUCAUAUGAAUAAUUUUGGAGAGUAUGAAAUUCUAUACUUACCUUAAUUUUAGUUUGACCGGAUUUCAUCAUUACAAAUAAUGGAGGAUGCUGAGGAUGGAGACAUUAUACUCUUUUAAGGGAAAGAUAUAAAUUGUCACAUUCAAAGAACCUUAACACAUGCUAAUUUUGAUCACAUUGGAAUUUUAAUACGUUUAAAUGAGAAUUAAUUAUAUUUAUUUGAAGCAUUGCCAAUGCAUGGAGUGGGACUGUGCCGUUGGAAUAAGUUUAUUAUAUGUAAAUGGAAUUAUCUAUAUCAUAAGUAAAUAGUAGUUGUAUUUUAUAAUAGAGUUAUUUAUAGAAAAUUACAAGUGAAUAGAGAUGAAAAUUUUAUAUCAAGGAUGCAUGAAUUUGUUACUGAGAAUAUUGGUAAAUAGUAUUCAUUUAAUCCGACUAAAUUGUUCAAAUUUAAGUCGACAAUGCUCCAAGAUCCAUAAUAACAGUAAACAAGAACGUUUUUUUCUUCAGAACUUGUAGCGGCUUGCUAUAAACAUUUAAAUCUUUUGCCAAAGGAAGUCUCAUCUACUUAAUAUUCACCUGGAUCCUUUUCAUCAGAAAAUCAAAAAUUAUCACUUCGAUAUGGAAGUUUAAGCGAAGAAUAUCUUAUAGAUUUUGAGGGUGAAUGA